AUGAUUGUAAUGCCAAUAAAUCCGAAUAGUGUAUAUAUUUCAAUGGCACCAAAUGGAUGCUGUAAGUCUGGAUUUGAUUCGACAUAUCCUGCACAAUUGAACGGAGUCAUUAGACAAGACGAAUUCCAAACGUCGAUCGAAAAUAUUAAUCGAUCGAUUGAUUCACAAAAGUUUAUGAUUCCUGUUUUGAUCAUUUUCAUUCUAUGCUUACUUGGUGGAAUGGGCUUGGUAAUUGGUGGUAGUCUAUCAAUAGCGACCUCUCGUAGCACAGGUUUUUUUGCAUUAAUCGGCGUCGGAGCAGGCCUCUUUAUUUUUGGUAUGAUCUUUUUUACUGUCGCAGCGUGCGUUAUACAGGUACGAGUAUCGAAACGAAUGCGAGCAGCAGUUGCUGCUGAGUCAGCGAAAUAUUCAACGAGAUCAACACCAUGUAGUUGGCGAAUAGACACGACUGUGACGGUUGUUGGAUAUGGAAGAAAUCGAAGAGCUAGAACAAUUUAUCACCUUAUUAUCGAUAUUGGAAGACAAGCAGCUCCAUUUGGUGGCAAUCCAGCGUAUCAAGGUAAUUCUUAUUCAGGGACACCGAAUAUGCAGUACGCUCCACCACCUUAUUCGGCACAAGCAUCUGCAGGCUUUUGUGGUCGAUGUGGUGUACCGCGUGUCAAUUCAACGAUGAGGUUUUGUGCAUCCUGUGGUCAAGCAUAUCCAAGCUAA